GGGGCGUCGCGGCGCUGCCCGGUCCGAGGGACCGGCGCUGUGCCCCCCUUGCAGGUGAAGCGGGGCGUGAGGGGAGGGGCGGCGGCCGCGGGACCCCUGAAGGGCUCCCUUGAGCCCCGCGGCGGAGUUUCGGAGGCGCAUCCCCAGCCCGCGGCUGAGGCGGGAGGUCCGGCUGAUCCUUCCAGCCCUGUUCCAUCCCCUUGGAUCCAUUCUGUCCCCACUGGAGCCAUCCCACCAGGACAGAGGAGCAGGCUUGGCCUCGUGGGUGCCUUCGGAACCGCGCCGCUCGUGGGUACAGAGGAAUCUGAGAUGAAAGAGAACUAGAUUCUGAUGAUCAUCUUGUCACUGUUGCUGUCACCUGUGUUGACAGGAUAAAAAACUUUAACAUGCCUCGUAGCCCUACAUCAAGCGAAGAUGAAAUGGCACAAAGCUUCUCUGACUAUUCUGUUGAGUCUGAAUCAGACAGCUCCAAAGAAGAAACUAUUUAUGACACAAUUAGAGCAACUGCAGAAAAGCCAAGCAGCAGAAUGGAAGACAGUCAGAGCAACACUUUAGUGAUUCGAAUUAUCAUACCUGACUUGCAGCAAACGAAAUGCAUUCGGUUUAACCCAGAAGCUUCAGUGUGGGUUGCAAAGCAGCGGAUUUUGUGCACUUUGAACCAGAGUUUGAAAGAUGUCCUGAAUUAUGGGCUGUUCCAGCCUGCAAGCAAUGGGAGAGAUGGGAAGUUUUUGGAUGAGGAGAGACUUCUGAGGGAAUACCCACAGCCAGUCAAUAAAGGAGUUCCUUCACUCGAGUUUCGCUACAAGAAAAGAGUGUACAGACAGUUCAACCUUGAUGAAAAGCAGCUGGCCAAGCUUCACACCAAGGCCAAUUUGAAAAAGUUUAUGGAUCAUGUCCACCAUCUCUCUGUAGAAAAAAUGACCAAGAUGUUGGACCGAGGACUGGACCCAAACUAUCAUGACUUAGAAAGUGGAGAAACACCCCUAACUUUGGCAGCUCAGCUUGACAACACAGUAGAAGUGAUAAAAGCCCUGAAAAAUGGAGGAGCACAUUUAGACUUCAGAGCCAAAGAUGGAAUGACAGCCCUGCACAAAGCAGCCAGAGCCAAGAACCAAGUAGCCCUCAAGACCCUUUUAGAGCUGGGAGCAUCUCCCAACUACAAGGACAGCUGUGGCCUGACCCCGCUGUACCACACAGCCGUGGUGGGAGGGGACCCUUUCUGUUGUGAACUCCUACUCCAUGAACAUGCUACAGUCAGCUGCAAGGAUGAAAAUGGAUGGCAGGAAAUUCAUCAGGCUUGCAGGUACGGCCACGUCCAACACCUGGAGCACCUCCUGUUCUACGGCGCUGACAUGUGCGCGCAGAACGCCUCGGGGAACACGGCCCUGCACAUCUGUGCCCUCUACAACCAGGAGAGCUGUGCAAGGGUGCUGCUGUUCCGGGGAGCCAACAAGGAGAUCAAGAAUUACAACAGCCAGUCUCCAUUUCAGGUGGCUAUAAUAGCGGGAAAUUUUGAGCUUGCUGAAUACAUCAAGAAUCACAGGGAAGCUGAUAUUGUGCCCUUUAGGGAGGCUCCCACCUACUCCAACAGGAGGAGGAGGCCUCCCAGCACCUUGGCAGCCCCCCGGAUCCUGCUCCGCUCCAACAGCGACAACAACCUGAACAUCAACAACCUCCCCGAGUGGUCAGCCUCCUCCUCUGCCUCUUCACACCGCAGCCUUUCCCCUCACCUGCUCCAACAGAUGCAGAAUAAUCCCAAUGGAACUGUAAAAACUGUGGGGAGUUACACUCCGUCCUCCCGGAGCCGCUCGCCGUCCCUCAACAGGCUGGGAGACGAUGCCAAGAGGCAGCAGCACAGGCACAUCAGUGCCGUUUACAGUCCCAGUGCCAACAAAGAUACUCUGUCUGCCUUGGAUUAUCAGGGUCCCAAAAGGAAGCUCUACAGUGCUGUCCCUGGGAGACUUUUUAUUGUUGUAAAGCCAUAUCAACCUCAAGGGGAAGGGGAAAUUCACCUGCACAAAGGAGAUAGAGUCAAAGUGCUGAGCAUCGGAGAAGGCGGAUUCUGGGAAGGCAGCACCCGGGGACACAUUGGCUGGUUUCCUGCAGAGUGUGUGGAAGAAGUUCAGUGCAAACCAAAUGAAAGCAAACCAGAAACGCGAGCAGAUAGAACAAAGAAGCUGUUUAGACACUACACUGUUGGAUCCUAUGACAGCUUUGAUGCUUCAAGUGACUGCAUAAUAGAAGAAAAGGCAGUGGUCCUGCAGAAAAAAGACAAUGAAGGAUUUGGAUUUGUGCUCAGAGGGGCAAAAGCUGACACACCAAUUGAAGAAUUCACCCCAACUCCAGCCUUUCCUGCUUUGCAGUACUUGGAAUCUGUGGAUGAAGGGGGAGUAGCAUGGCAAGCUGGCCUGAGAACUGGAGACUUUUUGAUCGAGGUUAAUAAUGAGAAUGUAGUGAAAGUUGGCCACAGGCAGGUGGUGAACAUGAUUCGACAGGGGGGCAAUCACCUCGUGCUGAAGGUUGUCACAGUAACCAGGAAUCUUGAUCCAGAUGACACAGCAAGGAAGAAAGCCCCACCACCUCCUAAGCGAGCUCCAACCACUGCACUGACCCUGCGCUCUAAGUCCAUGACCUCAGAGCUUGAAGAGCUUGCUUCAGUACGGAAGAAGAAGGAUAUUCUCCCUUCACAUUUUGAAGGUUUGAAGAAGAGGAUUGUUUUUCGAGUCACACUAAAUAAGGUGGAUGAAAUAGUGCCAGUUUCCAAGCCAUCAAGAAUUGCAGACAAUGCAACUGUGGACUCCAGAGUGGCAACUAUAAAACAGCGGCCUUCUAGUAGAUGUUUUCCUUCAGAUAUGAAUUCCAUGUAUGAGAGACAGGGUAUUGCUGUGAUGACACCCACUGUCCCAGGGAGCCCUCAAGGUCCUUUUCUGGGUAUACCUCGGGGUACAAUGAGAAGACAAAAAUCUAUAGGAAUAACAGAGGAAGAGCGGCAGUUUCUGGCCCCUCCUAUGCUGAAGUUUACCAGGAGUCUUUCCAUGCCUGACACCUCUGAAGAUAUCCCACCGCCACCACAGUCCUUACCUCCCUCACCACCGCCACCUUCCCCCUCUCUGUACAACUCCCCCAAAUCCCUGACCUCCCGGAGCUACGGAACGAUCAAACCUCCAUUUAAUCAGAAUUCAGGUGCAAAAAUCUCUUUGGUUCGGCCCGAGAGCGUGGGGACGAUGAUCAGGGACAAAGGGAUCUAUUACCGGCGGGAGCUGGACCGGUACUCCCUGGACUCGGAAGACCUGUACAACCGGAGUGCCGCAGCUCAGGCCACUUUCAGGAGCAAGAGGGGCCAGAUGCCGGAAAACCCCUAUUCCGAGGUGGGGAAGAUCGCCAGCAAAGCCGUUUACGUGCCGGCCAAGCCAGCCAGGAGGAAGGGGAUGCUGGUGAAACAAUCCAACGUGGAGGACAGUCCAGAAAAGACCUGCUCUAUUCCAAUCCCAACCAUCAUCGUCAAAGAGCCAUCCACCAGCAGCAGCGGGAAAAGCAGCCAAGGGAGCAGCAUGGAGAUCGAUCCCCAGUCUUCGGAGCAGCCCGGACAGCUCCGGCCUGACGACAGCCUGGGAGUCAGCAGCCCGUUCGCAGCAGCCAUCGCAGGGGCCGUGAGGGACAGGGAAAAGAGGCUGGAGGCGAGGCGCAAUUCCCCAGCCUUCCUCUCCACAGACCUGGGAGAUGAGGACGUUGGAUUGACCCCACCGACACCACGGAUGAGGCAGUCCAAGUUCACCGAGGAGGCGAUGUUCAGCGGCGAGGAUGGUUUCAGACAGCUCAUGUCGCCAUCUCCGAUCCCCACCCCCAGGGAGCCCCCCGAAAACCUUUUUAACAGCAGCGAGCCCAGCAGCCAGAGCGACUCAAGGACACUGAAUGCUCCGUCCAAAACGAAAGGCACUGACAACAGCAUGGGGGCAGCCAAGCCCACGAGUGCUCCCGGCUCAGAUAGCUAUGUCCACCCCGUCACAGGGAAGCUGUUGGAUCCAAACUCUCCACUUGCCCUCGCACUCUCUGCCAGGGACAGAGCCAUGAAAGAGCAGACACAGCAGAUUCCAGGCAAAGGGGACGCAGUCAAAACCGACCUUAACAAACCGCUUUACAUCGACACCAAGCUGAGACCCAACAUGGAAACGACUUUUCCUGUUACUGCCACUGUCACCAGGCAAAAUACCCGUGGCCUGUUGAGACGGCAGGAGACUGAGAACAAGUACGAGAUGGAUGCAGGGAAAGAAAAGAAAGCUGAGGAGAAGAAGAACAUGUUGAUAAACAUCGUGGAUACCUCGCAGCAAAAAUCAGCUGGCUUGUUGAUGGUGCACACAGUGGAUACGGCGAAGUCAGAUGAUAUGCCCGAGGAUGAGGAGGAAAAGGGAGCUGAGAUGGAGCCGAGCCCUGAGAAUUCCCCACCAGAGAGGCCAGAGGGCAGCGAGGAAGCGGAGAGCGAGCUGAGCGUCCCUGCCGCGCCCGAGGCCCCAGCUUCUCCCUGCAAAACCAUCGUGGCCGCCAGCUCUGUGGACGACCCUGUCAUCCUGCCUUUCCGCAUCCCCCCGCCGCCCCUGGCCUCGGUGGACAUCGACGAGGAGUUCCUGUUCACUGAGCCGCUGCCCCCACCCUUGGAGUUUGCUAACAGCUUCGACAUCCCCGAUGACCGCGCGGUGCCCGGCUCGGCGCUGACAGACCUGAUGGCGCAGAGGAAGAACGGCACCCCUUCGCCCAGCCAGCCAGCAAACUCCUUGGACGGCAAAAAGCAAGCGGGUCUCUCAAACUGUUUGCCUGCAUCCUUCCUGCCACCCCCCGACAGCUUCGACAACGUCGCCGACUCUGGCAUCGAGGAGGUCGACAGUCGGAGCAGCAGUGACCAUCACCUAGAGACAACCAGCACUAUCUCAACGGUGUCCAGCAUCUCUACCUUAUCCUCGGAAGGGGGGGAGAACGUGGAUACUUGUACAGUCUAUGCAGAUGGGCAAACAUUUCUGGUGGACAAACCCCCAGUACCUCCUAAGCCAAAAAUGAAGCCCAUAAUCAACAAAAGCAAUGCACUUUACAAGGACGCGCUGAUCGAGGAAACUGUAGACAGCUUUGUGAUCCCUCCUCCCGCUCCGCCCCCGCCUCCCAUCAGUGCCCAGCCCAACCUGGCGAAAGCUGUCCCCCAAAGGACAUCCAAGCUUUGGGGGGACGUGCCGGAGGUGAAAAGCCCAAUUCUCUCAGGCCCCAAGGCUAAUGUCAUUAGUGAAUUGAACUCAAUACUCCAGCAAAUGAACAGAGAGAAAUCCUCAAAGCCAGGGGAGGGAUUGGAGUCGCCAACUGGAACGAAAACUGCGAGUCUCAGUACAAGGAGCACGGAAGUCAUGAGUACUGUCUCAGGUACACGAAGUACAACAAUCACUUUCACUGUCCGACCCGGAGCCAGCCAGCCGAUCACACUGCAGAGCAGGUCCCCAGACUAUGACAGCAGGACCUCAGGAGCGAGGCACGCUCCCAGCCCUGUGGUUUCACCAACAGAGAUUAAUAAAGACAUCCUGCCUGCUCCUCUGACUGCUUCUGCUUCAGCCUCAUCUCCUUCUCCAACUCUGUCCGAUGUAUUUAGCCUACCCAGCCAGCCCCCUUCUGGGGACUUAUUUGGCUUGACCACAGGGCGCAGCAGGUCUCCUUCUCCCUCCAUAUUACAACAGCCAAUCUCAAAUAAGCCUUUUACAACUAAGCCUGUCCACCUGUGGACUAAACCAGAUGUGGCAGAUUGGUUGGAAAGUCUAAACUUAGGUGAACAUAAAGAAACAUUUAUGGACAAUGAAAUAGAUGGCACACAUUUACCAAAUCUACAGAAGGAAGAUCUGAUAGACCUUGGAGUGACUAGAGUUGGGCACAGAAUGAACAUAGAAAGAGCUUUGAAGCAGCUGCUGGACAGAUAAGAAUAGCUAUCUUGCCUCACAACCUUCUGUUGAUAACUAGAGAUGGGCUGGUACUGACAUACCCCAAAUGCCUUGUCUGUCUGCGAGUGCCAGCAAAAUUGGGGGGGAGGGGGAAAACAGAUGAAUUCCUGGUACUCAGGAGAUGUAGACUGUCUGCUACAUGCCCAAACACAAACCUAAAGAUGCUAAAGAAGUGGGGCCAUUUUAUUUUAAAGCUGUGGGGAGAUGUGAGAGAGAGACAAUUGUUAACUUUAAAACUCUUGAUACUGCCCUUGGCCGGGAGCAUUGCGUGAUGAUUUUCUUUUAAAAUGGCAAACAUUUCAGGGUUUCUUUUAUUGACAGAAAAAAAAAAUGCAUUUUAUUUUAUUCUCUUCUUGACAUUCAGACUCCAAGCAGGCUGCCUUCCCCAGCCCUUGGUUCAUUUUAAGAGGACAGGUUGCUCCAUUACCACUCAAACCCAGUUUUAUCAGUAGCAGGGAUAUUGAGGCAGGCACCGGAGUUCAUAUUCCUCUUUUUUUACUGGCAUAGCUCCCUGAUCUGUUGGCAGUGAAGCUGGUUGUUCUGCUGGGGUCAGUCCAAUGGUAACCUUGCUCUGUUUUACCUAGUAUUUCUUUAUUUCUGCAGUGGUAUUUAGCACUCUUCCAAGGUGGCAGAACAAGUGCAGUGCACACUCCAUUGACGUGGCCUGUAGGACGGUGCAGACGUUGAGUAAAGGCUGAGGAGGGACCACACUUAGAGGUACAGCAAAGUGAAGCUAGUUUGAACCUGAGACCUCCCCCCAGUUCUCAACCAGCUCAGCUGAUGCUGAGUCAAAAUAUGAACUCCACGAGCCAGGACAAACUUCGGGCACAGCUUUGGGACUUGACAGUGAGACACUGAGAGAGGCUGAGCCCUGGGAGGUGCUGCUUAAUUCAGUGAGUGGUAAGUGCCUGGGUAUUUUGAACAGCAGGCUGAGAAGGAAAGAGAAAAGAGAUGAAUGUUCCCAUUGAAGUCAGUGGGAAGUGUGCCAGGAUCUGAAGAGAGAGAGGGAUUUCAGCCUGUUAGGAUGGAAAUGCUUCAGAUCCUUGAGAGGAGGCAGAGAGGUGAUGCCAAGCUGGAAAGAGCUGUCGAGUGUCUCGGGGUGCGAGGGCUGGGGAGGGAUCCAGGCUCUCCUUUUGUCACUGCUGGCAGGAACUGGCUCUGGACAAGGACCCAGGGCUGGGACUGGCCCCCAGCCCAUUCCUUGGCACGAGAGGUGGGAGCACCCUGCCAGCAUCCAGGGCUGGGAGCGGGGCAGACAGAACUGUCCGGGAAACUUCUGUUGGCAGGGGAGAAACACCCAUGGCUGCUUUACAUGGCUUUGUUGUUUUUUUUUUUUUAAAUUUUGGGUUUUUUUCAACUUUCAAGUUAACAAGUCUCUCUCUGCAUGUUUGAACUCCCCCUUGUAAUUAGCACCUCUGAAUAUCUGUGAGUUUUGUAGGACUUUCUGGACAGAAUAUUCAAGAUGUUCAAGGUGGGUAAAUUGGGUGUGGAUGGCUAAACUGCCUCCCUACCAAACUUUCAGGUUCCCUUACAUUUUGCAAGGUACCUGAACUUUCUUUCCUUGAUAUGGUCCUUGAUAUGGUCCAGCCUAUCUCUAAUUUUUUUAUUAUUGUGAUUAUUUUUUGCUCACAAACAAGUGUCUAAUUAGGUCUGCAACAGCCCUAGUAUGAGUACAUAAAGUUUAGCAUUUUAAAUAUCUUUCUUUACUGCAAGUUUAAAUAGUUGUACAGAUAGUUUAUAAGCACAAUAUUUUAAGAAAAUAAGUGGCUGGUCUACUGGGCAGCCUUUGUGCCACUUCAGUGCUAGGAAGUUAAAAACAGAAAAAAAAACAAACAAAAAAAAAAAAGAAAAAAAAACUUUUUGUGGUUUACUACUAUUUCUGUGGAAUAAUUAUAAAGUCUUGACCUUUUUAAAAUCAACCUCAUUUGGAUGCAUCUGAACCAGCAGAGCUGUGUUAUAUUUUCUAUCUUUGCUAGAACUUCUACAGAGGAGGAUGAAUAUUUCUUCAAAAGUGGUUACAGUUACCAACGCAUUGGAAACUCAUAAAAAUCAACUUAUUUAAGCCUCCUGCCCCCUUUAUGGAACAGCAAAUCUUUUGACUUAACAUCUGUUACUGCGCUCUGUUUGUAUUUGGGGAGUUCCAAGGAACCUUGACAUAAAAACGAAGCACUGAGGCUGUUUUGCUGUCGAGGAGUGCUGAGUUUUUCCAUGGGAGGUGUAGAAAAUGGCAGUUCCACUCAGAUAGGUCGAUGCAGGCAACUUGAGGCCAUCACACACUUUAAGAAGUGAAAAAAAGAAAAAAAAAAAAAGAAAAGGUAAUUUAGCCAUCUUUUGUCUUCCAUUUGGUGAUACAACAGAAUUCAGUAAAUAAACCACUGAUGCCAUGCUCUCUCUUUUUUUUUUUAAUUUUUUUUUGUUUGUUUCUUUGGGUACAGUUGCUAUUACCUCUAUAACACGUGCCAGAAAUACGUUAGGAAAUAAAUACAGUAGUAAAAGAAAAAAAAAAACAAAACCGUAGAAGUUGACUCUUAAAGCUGCUUUUUUUGGAUCACAACCUUCCUGUGGGUUGAACUUGCCCUGAGCGAGGCUGGCACACCCGGUGGCUCCCGGGUGGGACCGUCCCUUCCUCACACAGGUGUGGCUCCUGCUCGGGCAUCUCUUCAGGUACUCCAAGGGCAGGUGCGGAAAGGAGCAGAUGAAAGAGCUGAAAGGGAAUAGUUUUAUUUUUCACCUUGUGUCCUGUGAAGCAAACAGGUGAGGAGACCUGAGGGGACCUCCUUGGAGCACCAGAAUGCACCUCUGCCAAGUCGAGUUCGGUCUCCAGCUCUGAGGGGUGGUUUGAAACAAAAAAAAGAAAGCAAUAGUAACAGAUAACGCCGUGGCCUCCGAGUAUUUUCACCAGGGGGGAGGAGAGAAGACCCAUUUCUUUCAUGCUACUCUGAUAGUGAAAAACAAAGUCAUUAGAGAUCUAUGAUAUUCUGGGUUUUAGGAUCAACUUUUGUUUAUAUACUGUAAUUUAAAUAAAUUGCAUUUACAUGCCUAGUUUCUGUAAUAUUUGUGUAUACAAUACCAAAAUCUUACAAGAUGUAAAUUGUGUAUAACUGCACAGACUCCUUGCCCUAGGUGUCUGAGAACAUUUUAAGUUUAAUUCAUAUAUUAUAAAAUGACUAGAUGUGACUGUUGAUUUACAGAAUUUACAUAUCACAAAGAAGUUAAUUAUUUGUGGUACUUAAGUUAAUAAAAAAAUAGUGAUUUUUUUUUUUCUUUUCCUCUCAGUUCUUAGAAAGCAUUACCCAGUUGAUCUGGCGAUGAUUAUGUGUAUGAGCCACAAAUAUUGAUAAUUUUUCCAUUACAUUUUUUCUUUUCUUUUCUAGAUACUAAUAUGUUUCUCGCUAUAGUUUGUGUAACAACUUGUGUUCACGUUAUCUAUGUUGCUGUAAUUUUUGUGCUUUAAUUCCUCUUAUUUCGACUGAUUAAAAAAAAAAAAUCAAGCUCCUGUAACUUGCACUUUUCCCCAAUCCUUAAUACUCUUGUAUGGCAACCAAAAUUACUGUAAGAAAUAAAUAUAAUAUUGCACUAAGGGUGUGGUUCUGAUUGCAAACAGAGAACACUGUCUGGAUUUUUAUUAAAAAAGAAAAAGAAAAAAAGUUGCCAAAAAUAUUUGCAAUUUGUUAUUGAAAAUGCAUAAAAUGCUUUAACAAAAUGUAGAUAGAACUAAGGGAAAUUUAUUGAUUUAUUGUUGGGAAAAGCAUUUCCUUUUUAUUCCUUUUUUUUUUUUUUUUUGUUAAAGCAUUCCUUAUGCCUGAUGUUGUUCUGUUCAUUUACUGAAUUUCAGGCGUCACGCUUGAAAUCUGGAAAAGCAGGAAACUUUCAAGGGGACAGGUAGAAAACCGCAUUACCUGAUUUUACUUUUUUUUUUUUUUUUGCCUUAAGGUGGAAUUCCUAAAUGUGUGGAAUGUUCUUUGUCCCGAGCUUCAGUGCUGCUGCUGCUCUGCGAUUUCGCAGGCACUGAGAAGUGGGGGUUUAGGGAUUUUAUUUUCAUCUGGGGCUGGGUUUUCUCUGGGGCAGAGCAGCUGUGCAGAGGGGAGGAGGGAACAGCUCCUUGUCCGACUUUGUGCAUCUUGUGACUUUGAAAUCUGUACCAGCGGGCUCUGUUUGUACUGUGAAUAAACAAGGCUGCAAAUGGGAAAAAAAAAAAAAAAAAAAAAAAAACCAAACAAAAAGAAAACAAAAAACGAGGAAACAAUUCUCAUCUUCUUUUGGCUUGAGUUAAAGAUUUGUUUUUCUGUCUUUAAAUGGUGAUGCAAUGAAGAGUAUUUUUUAUUUUUAUUUUCUAAGAUAUUGGAAUAAAUGCCUAGAACCGUUGCCAUUUGGUUUCAUACGUUCCUUAACUAUGAAUCUCUUCUCAGCUGUCAUUCCAGCUCAUCAUUUUUGUAGCCCCCUGUUAUUAUUUCUCUCAUGAUUUCCCAACAACAAUUACUUGGCAGCUUUGUUUUGUUAAAAACAUAAACUAGAACUAGCCUGUUUGGGUUUGUUUUUUUUUAUUAACUUAUUUCAAGUAUUGUGGCAAACAUCUGUGUAUCCAAAUAAAGUCAGGUAUUUCCAGUGCAAAACAAAGAAUGCUUUGCAAUUGUCACUGCUUGUUGGCCAAAGAAAUGAGAAGAGUUGAUCAUUGCUGUCACUGUGUACAUUGUAUCAAUGUGUUCUGCUUUAUUCUUUGGUUUCUGUAUUUUUUUCUGUAUUUUUUUUCCUGUAUUUUCCUGCAUUUCGUGGAUUUUCAUCCCCUCUGUCCUUGGCUGGGCCACCCAGAGUAGCACGAUUGUAACAACGCUUCAGAAUGUGUGGUUUUUUUAAAAAAAAAAAGAGAAAAACAAACAACAAAAAAAAUUGUACGUGCCUUAUAAUUUUCCACCUGGAUCAGCUACACUGUAUUUCACAUAAAAAGCUUUAUCUUCAAGGUGUUCAGUACCUGACAAACAGAGAGUGCUGGGGUUGGAGUGAGCUCCGUGUCGCUGCUUUAGGAAACGCUGAGGAGCUGCAGUGACUCAGACCUUAUCUCGCCACAGUUUUGGCAUUGUGAGCCUGAUUUCAAGUCUUCUAUUCAAAUCAGGCAAGCAAGAGGGGGAAAAGAAAUGAGAUGAGACUGUUAUUUUGGGUUCAGUUCACUGCCAUAGAUCCUGGGUGGGUGGUACAAUUGACAUGGGCUGUGUUUCACAGACGAGGUAACGAUGAUAAAUAAAUAAACCAAGUGGACUUGAUGCCAUUAAGUCUGCCACAAACUGGUUCUGUGCCACUGACAUCUAGUGGAACCUGAUGGACACUGUCUCAGAGCAAUAUCAGACCUUUAAAAAUAUUUAUUUAUUUAUUUACUUACUUAGUUUCAACUACUGUCAUUCUUUCUACAAGAAGCCGUUUUAGAAAAUUUUGUAUUGUUGUUAUUUAGGUUGGCCUGAGUAUUUAGGCCUUUAGUAUUUUACAGAAAGGCUGACUGUAUAAUUACACUAAUUAUACAUGAAUGAGAAGUCUUUAAUGUGUUUUCUGGUCUCUCUGUGCUUAUGUUUUCUCAGUUUUCUGUUUUGAACGUCAGCAUCUCCAUGUGAUACUUCAUUUGCAUCCGGCAUGGUUUUUAAUGGGAAUAUAGGUUUUGUCUCCAGUACUGUAAACCUUGGACUGUUUUGAACCAUUUCUGGCACUACAACCUGAUGAACAACAGCCUGUUCAGCUCCAAAUUGUGAAAAAAACAAAAAAGUGAGUUUUGAGGUUAGGAAGCAGUUCAGAACAGCUGGGGGGAUUUCCCUGAUGCGCUUGCAGUGCUGAAGUUUGGUUUCUCCAAUAAAAUUCCAGUUGUUUUUUUCCUCAGGACUGAUGCCAGGAGGAAUCCGUGCACGUGUGUGUGAGUUCUUGUACGCUUUCAAUGUAAAGGUCCUUGGGCAGCCUUAGAAACCAAUGUACAGAUAGGACACCAGUGUUGCAUGUGCUUAAACCUGUACUGGAAUCAAUGUCGCCGUGUACCUGUUUGCUUUGGAAAUCUGAAGAGAAUACAAUAUACAGAAACCUCAAAAUCUA